AUGUUUCAAUCGCUCCGAUUACCCCCUAGAGGCAUUGAUAUAGCUCAAGGCAAAGGCAAAUACUUGAUGCAACACAGGGGGUGCUCUAUCCUAAAAGGAGCCGAUGAUAUGGUGAUUUUUCACGAGCUCUUCUGGAGAUUACGACCAGCUACGGUAAUUGAGCUGGGCACAUUUACUGGAGGAUCUGCAGUGUGGAUGGCGGAUAUGCUGCGACUCAUGGAGGUAGACAGUACCAUUUAUUCCAUGGACAUCGAACUGUCUAAUCUGGAAGAGAGAGUGAAAGAAAUAAAACCGAGCAAUGUACAUUUCUUUGAGGGGAACAGCUAUGAAAUCGAGAAAACAUUCACUUCUGAAAUGCUCCAAUCUCUUCCCCACCCUUGGCUAGUAAUUGAAGACGCCCACACAAACAUCAAUGGAAUAAUGAACCACUUUGGCUCGUAUAUGAAGACAGGUGACUACUUUAUCAUCAAGGAUGUCCAUCCUAACUUACCCCGUGAUAUCGGUAAAGAUGGAUCCAUUUACGGAGAUGAUUUCGAAACCAUUGGCCCCUCGGCCAUUAUAGAAAUGAAGAAGUUUCUCAGCCAACAUGCUAACGAAUAUGCAGUAGAUUCAUUUUAUACUGAUUUCUUUGGUUACAAUGGAACAUGGAAUAUGCACGGAUAUAUUAGAAAAAUGUAA